AGCUCGCUGACCAGAAAAGCAUCAUGGCCGACGUGACCGACGUGCACGUGGAAUUGGAAGAGAAGCUGACCGUGGAGGAAGCUCAAGCUGCCAGAGCGGCGCAAGAAGUGGUCGCGGCAACGAAGCCCUCCAAGAAGGCCGCUGCCGCGGCGCCCAUCGUGUACGAAUCGCGCCUCCACGAGGUGCGCGACUGGAAAAAGAGCGCGUUGUCGCUGGACGAACGCUUCGAGUUGUGCAAAAGUGUCGGCGAGGAAUGCAUCAAGGAAGAGGAACUUCGCGUUCUGUUGGAGAAGAAGGAGCAUCCCAUCUGCUACGACGGGUUUGAGCCCAGCGGACGCAUGCACAUUGCGCAAGGGGUGCUGCGCAUGAUCAACGUCAACAAGCUGACAAGUGCGGGGUGCAUUUUCCGCUUUUGGGUGGCGGAUUGGUUUGCCUUGCUCAACAACAAGAUGGGCGGCGACCUCAAGAAGAUCCGCAAGGUCGGGCAGUACAUGAUUGAGAUCUGGAAAGCGGUCGGGAUGAACAUGGACAACGUGCAGUUUCUGUGGGCGUCCGACGAAAUCAACUCGCACGCGGACGAGUACUGGACCCGCGUGAUCGACGUCGCGCGCAAGUUCAACGUGGCGCGCAUCCAGCGAUGCUGCACGAUCAUGGGGCGCAAGGAAGCGGACGACAUGAGCGCCGCGCAGAUGAUGUACCCGUGCAUGCAGUGCGCAGACGUGUUCUUCCUCAAGGCGGACAUCUGCCAGCUGGGUCUGGACCAGCGCAAGGUCAACAUGCUGGCGCGCGAGUACUGUGACGAAGCCAAGAUCAAGUUCAAGCCUGUGAUCAUCAGCCACCACAUGCUUAUGGGGUUGAAGCAAGGCCAGGAAAAAAUGAGCAAGAGUGACCCCGACUCGGCUAUCUUCAUGGAGGACACGGCGUCCGACGUGAGCCGCAAGAUCAAGAAGGCGUACUGCCCGCCCGCGCAAGUCGACGGCAACCCCAUCAUGGACUACAUGAAGCACAUCAUCUUUCCCAUGUUUCCCGACGGCGUAGUUGUCAAGCGAAAGGAAGACUAUGGCGGCGACAAGACGUACGUCGAGUACGACGAGAUGGUCGUGGACUACCUCUCCGAGGCCAUCCACCCCGGCGACUUGAAGCCGGCGCUCACGGAAUACCUCAACCAGAUCUUGGAGCCCGUGCGCAAGCAUUUUGAACAAGGUGAGGCCAAGAAACUGCUCGCGGAAAUCAAAAAGUUCAAAGUCACGCGAUAAGCACCCAAGAACGUUCCAAGAACGUUCCAAGCAACAAUGGGCGGGUGUCGGUUUUGAUUGGAUAAUAUACAUUGAGUUCAUCCGACGUUGGUAUAACACAGAAAUCGUUGUUAUAACAAACGCA